CAAGGACAACUUGGUUUUCUCAUAUUCUCCUGCUGUCCUACCAAUGAGGUGAGGCCCAAGGAGCUGGGAGGGAACGGAAGCAGGACACCUGUCUUAAACCGGCCAAAGGGGUAUUCCAUGCUGUACAGCAUCAUGUGGAAGGAAAGUUUUGAAAGUGGUGGGAGUUCUCUCUUCUGCUGCUCUGGAGAACACGGCUCGCACAGCCUGUUUGCAGAGGACAGCAGCUGUUAGCCCAAAGCUAGCACCAGCAAGCUGCAGACGAUGUCAGCAGAUGCCUCUCCUGACUCUAAGUGCCCCAUUUGCUUGGACAGAUUUGACAAUGUUGCAUAUCUAGAUAAUUGCUCGCACAGGUUCUGCUUCCGCUGUGUCCAGGAAUGGUCGAAAGUCAAAGCAGAUUGCCCACUCUGCAAAAAGCCCUUCUUUUCUAUUUCUCAUACAGUUAUCGAUGAAGAUGACGUAUCUAGCCCUUCAGAAAAUGAAUCUUCUUCCAAUUCUGAUCGCAGCACUGUCAGAUUGGUUCAAAGCCCUUUUGACUUAGAGGCAUGGGAUCAGGAUGCCAAUUAUGACUAUCCUACACCACCACAUGAUGAAGGAAACAGCUCAGAGUCAACAGUUCCUGCAGUCUUUCCAGAUGAGGCAGAUUCUGAAGAGCUAGAGCAUGGUUCACCUGACUAUAGUGUUGGUCAGGUCCCUUGGGAAGAUGAAACUCCAGGGCCUUCGUAUUUCCAUUCAGAAGAGUAUGAUGCAAUUGUAACUUCUCUUCCAGAGUUAUUAGAGAGCUCUGAUGAGGACUCUGCUUGGAAGGGAACCACACUGCAGCCUCAGUUACAGGCCGGUGUUGACUCCAGAGACAGUGACUCUUCAUCAGAGUAUCAUGAUAUCGCUGGCUGUGUUAAUAGCUAUGCUGACAGGACACCAGAACUGACUGAGCUGUCCUCAGACUCUGAGGUCUCCACUGGGGAGGAGAAGAGGGAAGAUGUGAACAAAGAGCAGUCAAUCCAGGGUCACAGCUGGAGUGACAGAGAACCAAGCAGCAGUUCAUCACCUCACUCCCCCUUGUACAAGGAGCAUGUGAGUAGUUGUCAAAGCUCCUUGUCCUCUGUAGUCAAGAAAACAGUGUCGGAAGAUGAACAGAAGAACAAAGAUAAAAUAAAAGAUCCUUCUCCACACGACUCAGACUGGAGUCCAUCUCCAGGGACAGACAAUGCAUGCUCUCCUUGUAGCCAGACACUGUCCCGAAAGAGAAAGACCAGGAGUCCGCAGGCCUGUUCACAGAACAGUGAUGACAGUCAUGGCCAUCAGCCUCGAAGGAAGCGUCACAGUGAACACCAGCUUAAAAAGAGACUCUCAAAAAGCAGAGACGGUAGCAAACAUCAGAGCAAAAGAAGCAGGAGGUCAAGGCCUCGUGACUUGAGCCCCUCCCUAAAAAGACAGAGCGGCUCCAGCAGUUCUGAGAGCAUUACCUCUGGAGAUUCAAGCAGAUCACGGACAUACCGCAAAGACUAUGGCCAAAGGAGGUCAAGCAGCCGAGACAGUGAUUGUUAUUACAGAAGAGCCUGUUACCAAAGCAGAUAUCAGUGGGAUUACCCUUCUUGUAGUCAAAAGACAGUUGGAGAUGGCUCCUCCUGCAGUGAGCCUACAGCUCACUGUUCAAGGAACUCUGCUGGUCCAGAAUUCAGGAUCCAGUCCUCCACUGAAAGGACAGAUCUGCAUAGCCAGACAGGACUCCAGGAGAGACAGGACUGCUGUUACGAACGAUGCAGAUCAAGCAGUCGAUCAAGCUCCAGAUCGAGAAGCCCAUCUGGAGAGACAGACAGAACUAGAAGCAAAAAGCCUGGUGGAAAGAGGAAGUAUAAAACUCGACACUUGGAGAACGCAGAGAAGGGGAGCACCAGUCUGCAGAGAGAAAAUAGCCUCAAGAGAUUGAUCUCAGAAUUUGGUGACUGCUUCAAAAAUGAAGGCAGCCCUUCAGACAGCCAAGCGAGCAGUGAGACAAACAAAAAGAAACAGAUGAGAAGUCCAACUGUGGUGGGAUUCUGUGAGAGAAAAGGAACAGAAAUGAAGUGUGCUGAAAAGAAAAACCAUAAGAAGAAACACCAGAAACAUCACUGGAAACAUGUCUAGUUCAUAAAAAAAAAUUAUUCAUACUAAUUGUACCACCAGAUUCGUGUGUGGUCUAAGUUGAUCUCUGAAAAGUAGUAAGCAAUUUCUAUGUACGUAUUGAAUAGCCCUUCCAGAAACAUAAAUUAUGUUGAAAUAUUAAUAAAGACUUUGUUCAGAAAAAAGCAAAUCCAUGGUCUAUAUACUUUGUCAGCACAAUACAUCUCUUUCAGGUUGGGGUGUUGUAUGACACUGCAUAUGUUGGUGCUAUCAGGGGUGCUCCAGGCUGGGUGGCUUUCAGGUCCUAGCUCUCACUGAAAGUGGGAAUAACUUUGAUCAUGUUGC